AUGUUGUCAACAAUCUCAACAAGUCAGACUAAUCAAUGCCUUGCUGGAAUAACAAUUGCCUGUAAAGAUGACAAAUGGUUUGUAAGGACUGUAGCUCUAGACCACAGUCAUGAGCUUUGUCCACAAACCUCCAAUCUAAUACGUGUCAAUAGAAAAUUGAACAUGCUUGCGAAGCACACAUUGGAAGUGAAUGAUGAUGCCGGUGUGCGCAUUAAUAAGAGUUUCAUGAGUAUGGUUGGUGAAGCUGGUGGAUAUGAGAAUAUGCAAUUUAUGGAGCAAGAUGCUAGGAACUUCAUCGGUCAACAUAGAAGGUCACUAUGCAAGAAGGGUGACGGUCAAGCACUGUUACGUCACUUUUCAAAAAUGAGAGACCUCAAUAAUGAUUUAUUCUAUGACAUCGAAAUGGAUGAAGGUAAUAGAAUUAUUAGUGUAUUUUGGGCAGAUGCUCGAAGCCGAGCUGCAUGUGAGGAAUUCGGUGAUGUCGUAUCUUUUGACACAACGUACUUAACAAACAAGUACGACAUGCCUUUUAUUCCAUUUGUAGGCGUUAACCAUCUUGGACAAUCCAUUCUACUUCGUUGUGGAUUGCUCUCAUCUGAGGACACAUCAUCAUUUGUGUGGUUAUUCAUAUGUUGGCUAUGA